UAUAAAUAUCUGGGAGCCGCUGGAGGAAGAGCUCAGUGUUACAGACCUGUCCAGUGAAGAGAGUCACGGGGGCGAAAAACAAGGAAGCACAAAGGACACCUGAGGGAAUCACCUGGGAAUUAUUACCGUCUGAUCCGUUGGCGUGAAGGGAGAGUCCUCGGCAUGUUGCUCCUGCUCUGCCUGUGUGCGUGUGGUCUCCUGCUGGGAGGUGAUGCUCAGGACCGAGCCGCCCUGUGGAGGGGGAACGACCGAAGCGGCCGGUGCCAGUACACCUUCACCGUGCCCAGCCCGGCCGAGUCCAGCUGCCCGCAGACCGCAGGCCCCGAGCUGGAGAGCCUGAAGGCCAGACUCAACCUGCUGGAGGUGCUGGUGUCCCGGCUGAGCGGGGGGGAGACCGGGGGUCCCCCGGCCGGCGGAGCCAGAGCCCAGUCCGAUCUUCAAGAGGCCCUGAACCGGGCGGUGGGCGAGAGGUCGCUGCUCCAGGGGGAGAAGGAGCGUCUAGAAAGGGAGUUCGCGGCGCUUCAGCGCAGGAUGGAGGAGAUGAGGAGGGAGGUGGAGAGGCUGAGGACCAGACCCUGUCCCCCACAGACCCCCAUGGUGCCGCCGAGCCCCCCGCUGCAGAACGGCGGCACGAGACCAGCCACAGGCUCCAGCCCGAUGUCUCACCUGAUGGGCCGUCCCAACAGACUGGGCGACCGCAGCAGUUUGAGAGACUCGGCAUGGCAGCACGGACAGCCCGGCUUCCAGGAGCUGAAGGCUGCAGUGACCGAGAUCCCUGCUCCUGACAGAUCUGAGGACGGCACAGGUUGUGGGGAGCUGAUAGCAGUUGGGGAUCCCAUCACUCACAGGAAGGCUGAAAACAUAGCAGGAAAGUAUGGCGUGUGGAUGCAGGACCCCGAGGCCGUCUCCCCCUAUGGAUCAGACAUGAUCUGGCGUAUCGACACCAUUGGCACUGAGGUCAGGCAGCUCUUUGGCUAUGACGACAUGGAGCAGCUCUCUAAAGGUUUUCCAUCCAAGGUGCUGCUGUUGCCGGAGGCGGUGGAGAGCACCGGCGCCACCAUGUAUCGCGGCUCUCUCUACUAUCAGAGACGUCGCAGCCGCACCCUCAUCCGCUACGACCUUUCCUCCGAGAGCAUCGCAGCCCGUCGUGACCUCCCCCACGCCGGCUUCCACGGCCAGUAUCCCUACUCCUGGGGCGGCUACACAGACGUGGACCUGUCUGUGGACGAGCAGGGGCUGUGGGCCGUGUACUCCACCAGUAAGGCUAAGGGAGCCAUCGUGAUCUCCAAACUGGACCCGCACAGUCUGGAGGUGAAGAGGAGCUGGGAGACCAACUUCAGGAAGAGCUCCGUGGCCAACUCCUUCAUCAUCUGCGGUAGGAUGUACACGCUGUCCAGCUACGCGGCGGCCAACGCCACCCUCAACUACAUGUACGACACGGCGACCAGCCAGGGGAAGACCAUAGCCAUCCCCUUCAAGAACAAGUACUCCUACAACUGCAUGGUCGACUACAACCUCGCCCAGAGGAAGCUGUUCGCCUGGGACAACUACCACCUAGUGUCCUAUGACCUCAGGUUGGGUCGUACACAGGCCAACUGAGGCCAAUGCAGGUGACUGCUGAGAAGUGACAUUUGCUCAUCUGCUUCAAAGACUCAGAGCUUUAGAGAAGAAUGUUUUUGGUGAGAGUAGUUAGACCAACACCAUCAGUACCCACGUGCAGAAGAGCCUGACUACUUAACCCUAUCCCAGUGAAAUGAAGUCAUGAGGCACAGCGCCACCUGCAGGCCUGCAUGCCUCUGUCCCCGGAGGGCUUUUGCUGUGGCACGGUCCACAACUGUGUUUGUAAAGGAAUUAUUUUUGUACCGACUUUAAUUCAGAUGUAUGAUUUUCUUGUUUUACAUUAAGCAUCAUGAAAUAUUUGAGUUUUGAAAUAUGAAGCAUAAUCAAUAUCAUCAGCCAAGUGGGAUAAUUAACGCAAACCUCCUGGGGUCCUGCUUGUCAUUCAGUAACUGAACAGCUCUCACUUAGCCUGUAUUGAAUAUCGCAUGUACCGUACAUUGUAGCAGACAUUAGUAAUGUUUAAACUUUCGAUCAAAUAAAUGUCUAAAAUUUUA